AUGAGGGAGGUUAACUUCAGCAUACCAAAUGUCAACAAGGCCUCUGUCCACAUCACCACCACCCUGUAUGACCGUCGAGCUCUCGACUGUACAUCCACCCUCCCUCUAAUCAACUCUCUUAAUCAUCUAGCCUACCUCACCACAUCAUCCGCCCGAAUUAGAGACAUUUUGACUGUGGAUGGAGGUAUUGAGCGCCUUGUCUGCAUCCUCAAAGAGGGCAGAAGCAAAGAUGAAAUGCACAUGUGGAAAUGGAAUCUUGCCUUUCAGUGCAUCGUCAACAUUGGCGUUCGAGGCUCGGAGAAUGUACGGACACGUGUAGUUGAGGCUGACAUGGUUCCUGUCAUUGCUACGAUUCUUUGGGACUACGUCCUCGUCAUUGAGCGGGAAAAAGCAAAAGCAGAUGCUGAACAAGCCCGACGAAAUGGCUCGCAACAUACCGGCAGUUCAAGAUCGUCUAAAUUGUCCCGAGAUCUGUCACAGGAUCCUGCUUCAAGGUCCUCCUUCUUCGAUCAUCUUAAUUCCUCCUCCGACCACCGAUCCACGCGACGACAGGCACCUCCACCGUCAUUGGACAUUCCCCAGUCCUUCUCUCAAGCAUUUGGCACCACUGAAUCCGGCCAAGCAGACACAGUCAUCACGCCCGCAGCUGUACUCACAUCUCCUCCAGAGAGAACUGUUUUCCCACGCCCAAGCUUACAGCACCAAAAUCGGAGUAGUGAGGGCCGGGGAUCCUUUCAACGACAAAUCAAUAUGCAACCUCCCGCAACUGCAGUCCCCUCGAUGGACACAUCUGAUGGAUUUUCGAUACGGCCGGUCCGCGAGGUAGACAGGCUCCCUUCCAUGUUACCAGCUCUCAACACCGGUGUCACAUCGCAUCCCGAUUCUCCCACAACACCUUCAGCACCAGUGCAUCGAGGCCUUCUUUCUCCUAUUGGGCGACGAAUGAGACGGCCAUCUAUCCGCCAUCAAAAUUCUACAGGUGGUGAGGUGGACGACGCAGUAAUGGAGGAUGUGACAGUGGAUGAUGAAGGGCUCGUUAACCCGGAUGCCACCACUGAAGGGCGAAGCCGUGGCGCAACCAGAGAUCCUAGCCCUCAUGACAACCAUGACAUGGAUGUCCGUCAGCCACUGACCAUCACUAUUCCUCCCCAGCAAAUUCGUGACAUCGACAAUGUCGACAUCGCUCAACAGACACCUACUGUAGCCGGAAUGGGCAAUCCUCUUGGGCCCGCAGCCCUGGAAGCUCUGGGGCCGUCUCCCAUUCCGACAGUCCCUGCAACUGCCGCCUCUCCAGCGAUCCCUCUCAACGCAUACCCAAACUUCUUCUUGCGAAAUGCGACUGCAACCACGUCCACCACGGCACUCAUGCCUCGCGAUGAGGACGUAUUGAUGGGCCUUCAACUACUUGCAUACAUUUCAAAAUAUUGCUAUUUGCGCCACUACUUCCAGAGCACCCAUCUCGUGCCCAGGCUUCGAAUUGACAAGGAAGUUGAACGCAUCUACGGGCCGUCUUCGAGAGGUGGACCAGUCCCGGAGCCUACUGAAGACGACGAUGAAGAAUUUCUUCAAGCUGACGACUACAACAUUUUUCCAUUAGUUGAGAAGUUUACCACGACGCUCGAGGUGGCAUUCGUCAGUGUGCCAACUAUCAAUGUGGUAAAUGGGAACAGUUCCCUCGGCAGUUUGCCAAAUGCAGACGUUGUCGACGUACCAAGUACUGUAGCAAGGAAUGCCAGCGCGAGUCAUGGAGCAUGCAUAGACAUUGGUGCCAGUCACCAUAACGGACUUGGAGCGAGUGCAAAACAACUGUUCGAAAAGCUUGAGUUAGCAUAG